AUGACUUCUCAGUGCAGUGUUGAACUUGGCAGCAGUGAAAGCAAAGAGAGUAAAGCUGUGUUGAAGAGAGAAGAUGGGGGGCUUGCAUCAUUCUUCUGUCGAAUUUCACAGUUCUGGCCAGUCCGUCUUGUGGUACAUGGUUUUCAGGCCUUCUGGUGGUUCUUUGGCUUUUCUUCUCCUGGAAGGGCCCCUUCCCCUCCAUCUGAAGAAGACAAAAGUUCUCAUCAGGCACGUCCGUGUCGAUCAGGUCGGAAGCGUCUAGGAAGAACCACACGUUUGCUGCUUUCCAUCCUGCCUCGGCAGCUGCAGAGUGCUCUUGGCUACCCGGUGUGCACAAGCAUCGGCUGCUCUGUCUCCCCAGAGGUGCGCUGUUCUCCCACAAAGCCUUGUGGGAAAGGCAGUAAAAGGAAGCAGGAUGACCUGGAUGAAGAUGAGGAGCUGGAGCAGCAGUCUUGGGUGGAGGCACUGUCCCAGGAGCUGACUGAUGAGGACCAGUCUGCUGAUCCUGACUAUGAACCCAGUACAGUAGAGUCCAAUAGUGAAGAGUACCAGACACACAACAGUACAGAGAGUGAUAUUGAAGUGGAGAAAGGUGGUGUUGUGAUCAAGGAUUUGGAGAUUGUACAGUGGCAGCCUGUCCACACAAGGACCGUGAGGAGGUGUACUCAGGAGGCUGAUGAGGCACUGCAGGACUGCUUUGAGUCAACGGACUGGGAUGUACUCUGUGAGCCACAUGGGGAGGAUAUCAGUGACAUGACAGACUGCAUCACAGAAUACAUCAGAUUCUGUGACUACACCAUCAUGCCAACCCAGACUGUACACUGCUUCCCUAACAACAAGCCAUGGAUCACUAGUGACCUGAAAGCACUUCUAAAUAGGUGUUCAGGUCUGGAGACAGAGAAGAACUGUUCUGAACAGGUUCUGGAGAUACUGGUCUUGACCCACCUGAGGCCGCAGGUGAAGGUGCUGCUGGACCCUCUACAGUUUGCCUAUCAGCCCCAUUUGCUUCGCUGUCGUAGGGACCAAUACAGGAAAUCUUUCCUGCCCCAAGCCAUCAUACUGUACAAUAACUCACCUCUGUCUGACAGAGAGAACUCUGACCUCUCUACUGUAUAG